AUGGAGAUCGACUCUGCGGAAGAUUCUCCACCGGACAGAUCACGCGAAAAUGAGAAACCCCCACCAAAAACCGUACCACGAUGGAAAAAGCUACUUGGAGGAGGAUCUAGCAGUGGUCGCGAAGAGGCUCAAGAGUCAACCUAUCGCCCAACCUCGACAAUGGGAAUCUUGAGUGACAGAUUCACGGAUGAAGUUCCUGGAACGGUUCUUCUAUUAUCAUCCGAUCGAAACGAGCCCUUGGGAAUGAGACACCAACCCCAGCGUAUGUCAACUUCCUCAUUGCCCAUAAGUAAUACGCCUUCGCGAUCUUCAUCCCGCAAUCCGGCUCCCCAACGAAAGCGAACGGCAAAUGGAGAGAUCGUUCUGGACCCUCAACCAGAUGACUCCGUGAAUGAUCCUUUGAAUUGGCCGGUAUGGCAAAGAGAUACUGCCUUGGUCUCUCUAGGCUUUUACUGUCUAAUAGGUGGAGGAAUGACCACCGUCCUGGCAGCGGGGUUUAGUAAUGUGGCUGCAACUUAUCAUGUUACCGAACAGCAGGUGGCGUUUACGACAGGUCUUUACAUGAUGGGACUAGGUCUUGGUUCGGUAGUCAUGUCUCCAACCGCAAUCUUAUAUGGGAAGCGACCAGUUUAUCUAUUGGGAGCAACCCUCUUCAUCAUUUCGGGAAUCUGGCGUCCGCACGCGCAUAGGACGGUUUCUGACUUGAUGGCUAAUCCAUUCAGGGGGCGUCGACUUAAUAUUCAGCCUCAGGACACAUCAACCGUGUCACAAGAAGCCCUUGACACGUUAUCUCCAAUCUCGAAGAAGCACAAAAGCGCUCAUGUUGGGUUUGCCAAUGACGUGGUGGAGAAAGAGGAGCCAAAACUUCAAGACAAUCAGCGCACCCCUUCACAGGGCGAAGAAUCUUCUAUUCAGAACCCAGUACAACCUGAGCCGUCCAAGCUGGAAACUAGAGCAUCUGGUGCUGAAUCCUCUCAUAUUCAACCGCCCUCCCAUAGCCCGAACGAUUUGGAGGCCUCGCAUCGUACUGCAGCUUCGCCUUCACGCAGUGUAUCUCUCGAGCCUGGCGCCUCUCUUACGUCAACAUUGCAAUACACAAAUCGUCUUCGUGAUCGCCCCAAAGUCCCGUAUCCGAAUUUACUCAAAGUGUGGAACGGACGGAUUGCCCGUGACAACUGGUUCAAGAUUGCCCUCCGACCGUUUGUAUUAUACGCAUAUCCUUCUGUUCUCUGGUCGGCAGUCGUGUAUGCUCUUUCGGUUGGUUGGCUCAUUGUGAUCUCAGAGUCCGUGUCGAAGAUCUUUGAAAGCAAAGAAACUUAUGGUUUCACCGCACUUCAGGCAGGCUUGGUAUACAUCUCCCCCUUCCUAGGCGGGUUACUUGGUACCGCAGUCGCAGGUAAAGUGUCGGAUAUUGUAGUGCGCUUUAUGACUCGUCGCAACGGUGGCAUCUACGAGCCAGAGUUCCGCUUGGUAAUGGCGAUUCCUAUCGCACUUUCGACUACUAUUGGCCUAAUGGGAUUUGGUUGGAGUGCCCAGCUCAUGGAUGCAUGGAUCGUGCCAACCAUCUUCUUUGGAUUAAUAUCCUUUGGCUGCUGUUUGGGAAGUACAACCGCCAUUACAUUUUGUGUGGACAGCUACCGUCAAUAUGCGGGAGAAGCAUUGGUUACAUUGAAUUUUAGUAAAAACGUCCUCCAUGGUCUUGUGUUCUCACUCUUCAUUGUGGACUGGCUAGAGACCGAUGGAUCCCGGACUGUCUACCUUGUCAUUGGUGGAAUUCAGCUUCUCUGUUUGUUGAUGACAAUCCCGAUGUACAUGUAUGGCAAACGGGCUCGGAUGUGGACAGUGCGCAAACAGCUGAUGGAGCGAUUCUGA